UCCGGGUAGGCCGGAGCGCGGCGGCGGCGGCGGCGGCGGGCCGGGAAGGGCAGCGGGGGCGGCCACCAUGGCGUACAGCGGCCUCACGGUGCCUCUCACCGUGAUGACCGUCUUCUGGGGCUUCGUGGGCUUCGUGGUGCCCUGGUUCAUCCCGAAGAGUCCCAACCGGGGAGUCAUCAUCACCAUGCUGGUGACCUGCUCAGUUUGCUGCUAUCUCUUUUGGCUGAUUGCGAUUCUGGCCCAACUCAACCCACUCUUUGGACCACAGCUGAAAAACGAGACCAUCUGGUAUCUCAAGUACCACUGGCCUUGAGGAAGAAGACCGGUCCCCGGGCGCAGCCAGCCAGGUCACCGAGAGAAUGCCCUCCAGACGCAAACAUCAGCGCCAGCCUCACCACCUCACCCCGACUUGCCCGCCUCUGGCCGGCAACUGCCUUAAACCUCCACGCCACGAGGGGACCUUGACUCUACUGCACAGUGUUUCCCGCCUGUCGCCUUUCUCACUCUUCACUGGAUGGAUGAGGGAUGAUGGAUGAUGUGCCUACGUUACCGAAACUCCUCGGACGGUCGCCAUGCAGCGCCCCUGCACUCGUCUGAGACCGAAGGUGCUAUCCUUCCAGACAAUGCCUUACUCCCCCUGGAGCCCUGCGGGUCAAGAGGUGACUCCUGCCCUGUGACAGGGGAAUCAACGGCGUCUGGAACCUCACGAGAUCGUAAGACUCGAGCGGAGCCUUCACAUUCCCAGGGGAGACCUGUCCCAGCAGAACUGCACCAAAGUCUCUUUUCAGGAUCAAUUUUCAUAUCUCUGCUAGCUCUCUAAAUAAAUUAUUUUUCUGCUUUCUAUGGAAA